AUGGAAAAAGAUCAGCGAAUUGUGAUAAUUGGAGCCGGGGCAUUUGGCCUAGGCACCGCGCUGAGACUAAAGGAAGAAGGCUACAAAUCCGUCACCGUUCUCGACCGAUCAGUCCCCCCAGUGCCAGAUGGCUCAAGUAACGACAUUUCACGCAUCAUCCGUUUCGACUAUGGCGACCCAAUCUACGCUGAUAUCGCAAAGGAGGCAUUUGACCUGUGGAAAACCCCCGAUUACAAGGAGGCAUUUCACCAGGCGCCCUGCAUGUGGGUGUGUCAAGACGGCACCCCUGAACAACCGGUGCAGCCUCGAGCCCAGGAAUACAGCGCGAAGACAAAACGAGUCUUAACAGAGAUGGGCCAGGAAUGGGUCCCCGUCAACAGCGUGGAAGAAGCCAAGCAGCACUUCCCAAAGUUAACGGGCCGCCUCGCAACGCCUGGCUUUGAUGGGUUUUACAACACUGCCGCCGGCUGGGCAGAUGCAGGUCUAGCGUGUGCUCGCGUGAUGUCUCGCUGUGCCUCUGCAGGCGUUUCCUUCAUCACUGGUCCGAACGGCCAAGUGGAAGAGUUCGAGAAGCGUCCGGAUGGAAGCAUUAAAUCCGUUCGCACCAAGAGCGGACGGGUAGAAGGGGACCAUUUCAUUGUUGCGACUGGUGCCUGGACAGCAAGUCUGAUUCCGUCUUGGAACUCCAUGCUGGCUGCUGGACAGGUUGUUGGAUACCUCCGUCUCACGCCUGAGGAAGUUGCCGAACUCAGGGAUAUUCCGAUCUACUUCAACUUCUCCACUGGGUUCUUUGCAUUCCCACCACACGAACCCACUGGGUAUCUCAAGGUUGCUUGUCAUGGUUUUGGGUACACGCGCGCCGAGUCUGCGGUCACAUCUGCGCCGCCUAGCUCUGCCGUUGCUUCGCGAGCGAACUAUAUUCCCCCGGAUGGACUCAAACGAUUAACGUCGGGUUUGAUGGACCUGUUUCCACAGCUAGCCCCGAGAGGGUUCGAAAAAGUUGGACUGUGCUGGUAUAAUGAUACCCCGACCGGCGAUUUCAUCUUCGACUAUCACCCCGAGCAUAAGAAUAUGUUCAUUGCCACAGGCGGAAGCGGACAUGGUUUCAAAUUCCUACCAGUCAUUGGCAAGUACAUUGUGGGAAGUUGGCAGCGCAAACUCUCGGAAGAGUUGUUAUCCAAAUGGAAGUUCCCUACCCAAUUCCGCGAGCGCUUCCAGGGUGAAGUUUUCAAGGGAGAUGGAAGUCGAGGUGGGCCGGAACGAAGAGAGUUGACUGAGCAUGAGGUGGACACCUUCGACACGGCAUUGAAGGCUGCUUCAUCCAGGGAAAGCAAAAUUUAG